AUGAAAGUGUCUGAUCCUGCAAACAUAGCGAGGAUGGAAGGAGGAAGAUGGACGGUUGACCUGGUCAGGCUAUCUCCCACCACCUUUGAAUGUUCCCUCCCAGGACCCUCAGAGAGAUCUGGUGAGUUGCAGAGAAUGAAGAGGGGGAUCUGGGGAGUUGUUGGGCGUGAGGAAGCCCCCCUGGCAAGAAAAACGAGGAAGGCUGCAGGGCCAGAGCUCUGGGUUGGCAGAGAUAAAAGGUAGACAGAAAAGGAAAAGUUUUUAAUGGUGGAGUGAAAAAAUUCAUUUUCAGGCAGCACUCCUCCUUUCUUCUCUGGUAGGGAUCAGGAGAAAGACACCCCACUUUUACCAUGGAAACUGUGACUGGGAGCUCCACGCAUAAUGAGGCUUCCACAGCCUCCUUAGGAUCUGCUUUCAGGUCACUAAUAUGCCUACCAUUCCCUGAGGGCUGGAAGGAAGACCUGCGCUCUGCUGCAAGGCCCAUUUCCACCUGGCCUAGGGGGCGGAGCCCAGACUCACCUUGAACAACCUAAAGAGGCUCCUGGGAGGCCCUGGGACAUUGCUGGAACAACUCUUGGGCUGGGGGCAAAUGGCAAAAAUGUUUUAUAAUGUUUUAAACAGUUCUAGUUUUCGUUCCCCUGUUUUGUUUUUGUCAAGUUGGUGUUAGUUAAAUGUUUAGGGAUGCAGGCGACGCUGUGGUCUAAACCACUGAACCUCUCUGGCUCGCCAAUCAGAAGGUUGGUGGCUUGAAUCCCUGUGACGAGGUGAGGUCCCGUUGCUCUAUCCCAGCUCCUGCCAACCUAACAGUUCAAAAGCACGCCAGUGCAAGUAGAUAAAUAGGUACCGCUGCGGCAGGAAGGUAAAUGACAUUUCUGUGUGCAAUGUUUUCAAUCACGGUGUCCCGUUGCUGUUUAGUCAUGCUGGCCACAUGACCCAGAAAGCUGUCUGUGGACAAACACCGGCUCCCUCAGCCUGAAAGUGAGAUGAGUGCCACUACCCCAUAGUCGCCUUUGACUGGACUCAACCAUCCAGGGGUCCUUUACCUUUACUUUAAAUGUUUAGUUGGGGUUGGUGGUUAUUUUAGUUUGGGUAUAACUGUAAAAACUUUUCCCUCCCAGGACCCCCAGAGGGAUCUGGUGAGUUACAGAGAAUGGAGAAUGGUGAAUCCCUGGAGGCUCCUUUUACUUUUACUCUCCCUCCCAAGGAACCUGCAGCUUGUUUUGUCUUCUGAGCUCCUCAGGAAGGAUGAAGGAGGCUGAUCCUGCAAACUUAGCGAGGAUGGAAGGGGGAAGAUGGACGGUUGACCUGGUCAGGCUGCGUCCCACCACCUCUGAAUGUUCCCUCCCAGGACCUCCAGAGGGAUCUGGUGAGUUGCAGGGAAUAGAGAGGGGGAUCUGGGGAGAUGUUUGGAGUGAGGAAACUCCCCUGGCAAGAAAACCAGGAAGGCUGCAGGGCAAGACUACUGGGCUGUGAAAGAUAAAAGGUAGAAAAGGAAAGGAAUGUUUUUCAGUGGUGGCAUGGGCGCGGGAUUUUUGGUGGGUGGGCAGGACUUUUGUUAGGGAGGCAGAACCGGCGUGAUUGGUCAGCUAGUUAUUUAUUUCUAAUGUUUUACUUGAUUUGGGGGGCUGCCCCCCACCCCUCCUUGGCUACGCCCAUGAACGGUGGUGUGAAGAAAAUUCUUUUUCAAUCAGUUCCAUAGCAUAAUGUUAGGUUGGGUCCUGAAUCUUCUGACACUCGCUGGUAGCUGCAGCAAUUGCCAGAUGAGGGACUGAAUGGACCUAUUAUGUUUUAUUGUAAUUUUACUGGUGUUAGCUGCCAUGAGCCCAGCUCUGGCCAAGGAGGGCGGGGUAUAAUAAUAAUAAUAAUAAUAAUAAUAAUUAUCAUUAUCAUUAUCAUUAUUAUCAUUACAGACACGGCAUUUUACCAGUUUUCCUUUUUAAUAAUUUAGGAAAUAUUUGGGGGAUCCUGACUGAAGGAGAACCAUCAGAAGUGGCAUCUGAAAGACUUGAGGAACAGAAGAAACAAUGGAAACUGCGGCUUCAAGUUGGAACCUACAGAAAGGAGGGGACCCAAAUGCAGAAGGUGGGGAGGGAAUCCACCUCUUCUCAGGUUAAUGAAAAUCAAAUUCAUAUAGAGAAGUAUGAAUGUACUGUGUGUGGAAAGAGAUUUCCUUCUCACUCAACUUUUAAUUCACAUCGAAGAGUGCACUCGGGUGAAAAACCAUAUAAAUGCUGGGAGUGUGGAAAAAUCUUCCGUCGGCGUGACUACCUUAAUCUACAUCAAAGAACACAUACAGGAGAAAAACCUUAUAAAUGCUGGGAGUGUGGAAAAAGCUUCCGUCAGAGUAGUCACCUUACUUCGCAUGAAGGAAUUCAUAUAGGGGACAAACCUCAUAAAUGCUGGGAGUGUGGAAAGAGCUUCCGUCAGAGUGGUGGUCUUACUUUGCAUCAAAGAACUCAUACAGGUCAGAAACCUCAUCAAUGCUUUGAGUGCGGAAAGAGCUUCAGAAAAAGUAGCUCCCUUAAUAUGCAUCAUACAACCCACACAGGGGACAAACCGUAUGAAUGCUUGAAGCAUGGAAAGAGCUUCCCUCAGAGAAGCAUUCUCACUAAACAUAAAAUAACGCAUGCAGGUGAAAAACCAUACAAAUGUUUGGACUGUGGGGAGAGCUUCAGGUACAGUGACUCCCUCACGAAGCAUCAAAGAAUUCAUACAGGGGACAAACCGUAUGAGUGUCUGGAGUGUGGAAAGAGCUUCAGUCGCAAAGACUCCCUUACUUUGCAUGAAAGAAGUCACACAGGAGAAAAACCUUAUAAAUGUUUGGAAUGUGACAAGAGCUUCAUUCGUAGUAGCCACCUCUCAAGACAUAAAAGAACUCAUACAGGGGAUAAACCUUAUAGAUGCUGCGAGUGUGGAAAGAAAUUCAGUGACAGUGGCACCCUUACUAAACAUCACAGAACUCACACAGGGGAAAAACCUUAUAAGUGUUUGGAAUGCGGAAAGAGCUUCUAUCAGAGUAGGCAACUCACUAGCCAUCAAAGAACCCAUACAGGGGAUAAACCUUAUAGAUGCUGGGAGUGCGGAAAGAGCUUUAGUGACAGUGCCUCGUUCACAAGACAUAAAAGAACUCAUACAGGGGAUAAACCUUAUAGAUGCUUUGAGUGUGGAAUGAGCUUUAGUCACAGUGAAACCCUUACUAAACAUCACAGAACUCACACAGGGGAAAAACCUUGUAAGUGUUUAGAAUGUGGAAAGAGCUUCUAUUGCAGCAGCCACCUUACUAAACAUCAAAGAAUUCACACAGGGGACAAAUCUUACGAAUGUUUGCAGUGUGGGAAGAGCUUUUGUCACAGUCGCUCCCUUACCCGGCAUCAAAGAACUCAUACGAAAACAUCUUAG